GAGCUGACCCAGAAAAGUAACUCCGGUGACGGUGACACGUACUAGAAACUCAUCUCGCUCGCUCCACAGUGCACUAAUUCGAUGAAAUACAUGUAUCUGGAGCAUCGCCUUUGGAAGUAAAGACGGAAAUCCAAUACCAGAAGCAGAACUCAAUAGAACUUCAGAGCAAAGGACAAUUAGCUGGGUGACAGAGAAGCCAUGGCAGACCACAUGAUGAUGCCCAUGUCCCACGGCCCUGCAACGGCCCUCCACGGCUACAGGAUGGGGGGUAUGGGCGGCCCUCCUCAGCAAUCCGUGCCCCAGCCUGGCCUCCGCACCCUCCCCAACGGCCAGGUCAUGCACUACGGCAGGGUGCCGCAGACCUCCAUGGAGGCCGCCAUGAGGCAGCGGCCCGGACUGGGGAUGGUGGGGCCGGCUGGGAUGAACGGUCAGGUGAACAGCCAGGUCAAUGGGGCUCAGAUGGGAGGACACCACCACCAGAUGAACCAGAUGAUGUAUAACCAACAACAACAGCAUCAACAACAACAGCAACAUCAACAACAGCAGCAGCACCACAUGCAACAGCCCCAGCACCCUCAGCAACAGUACCACCCCAGUGGGCUCACCUCCCAGCAGCUCAUGGCCUCCAUGCACCUCCAGAAACUCAACACCCAAUACCACGGACAUCCACUGGGGCCAGUCCAGGGCCAUCACAUGGCCAACGGGGCCCAGUACAGAGUAGGGCCGGGUCAGCUGGCCAGCAUGCAGCACAUGGGUCAGGGUGGGCCAGGUAUGGUGUUGGGACAGAAUAUGGACAUAGACCUCAUAGAUGAGGAGGUUCUGACAGCGCUGGUGUUGGAGCUGGGUCUGGACCGGGUUCAGGAGCUCCCAGAACUGUUCCUGUGUCAGAACGAGUUUGACUUCAUUCCUGACUUUGUUUCUAUGAAACAGCAGCCGAGCACCGUGAGCUGCUGAGAGAUACACAACAGUCAGACGAAGAAAGACGCUGUAAAAACAGGCCGGCGCCCAGAGAAAGACUGAACCACAGACUAGACUAGCUACAGCAGCACACACAAGAGGAGACAGACUCUCUCUCUGUUCUAUCUGUGUGAGUUUAGGCUAUCUGUCUGUGACCAUGUAUAUUAGGCCUACAGAACACACCUGUGAAUAGUAGGCCUACCUGUUUUUAAGAUGAAUUGUAAGGACAGAAAGAGAGGAGAAAAAACAAAAGCUUGCUCUGCAUCAGGCUGGCAUGAGAUCUGAGCUCAGUCAGCCCAGCCACAGGUUGGCGCUCUCUCUGACGCAGUGGCCUCUGUCUAAUCUGUACUGCCUUCCAUCCUGCCUCUGGGCUGCCACCCAUGUCAUAGUGUCACUGUGUGUGCUGAGUUCUGUCGGAUGAUUGUAGACUCAAUCAGCAGGACGGGAAGACGAGACAGACAAGCUGAGACAAUACAAAGAAAGACUAUCUUGCUUCACCUGGGACUACUAGAUUCGAUCUAUGGCUUAUAGAAAUGUAUUUAUUUAUGAAUUCACCCCACCAAGUAGUUAGCGGACAUUUGACAAAUUGAGUUGUUAAAGAAGUUGGUGGUCUGAUUAUGAAUUAGAUUGUUGGGGAAAGAGUUGUUAAAAAAAGAUGCCUAACUAUAUUGUGUGUAUGUUGAAGGCUGGUUCUUCAAAACAGGCUUGGAGGAUUUCUUCCUCGUUACCUUAACAUUUCCUUUAGUAAGAGCCUGGGGUUAGUUUUUUUUGGGUGGAUGGGGUUAGUCUCUGAUUGGUUGGGAGUUAACUGUGUUAGCCUGGGGAUCUGGUUCCUCUUCCUAACAUCAUCUGAUGACAUCAUCAGAACAACAUUCUAUUUAUCAUUAGGCUGCAGUUAUACGAAGCAAUUUUCACGCAACUUUGGUCGCAUGCAACUGAGUUGCUUCUUGAUCGCUUCGUGAAACACCCCCCGCAAUUAAUAAGCAACUCAGUUGUAUCCAGUUGCAACGUUUCAACUUUUUCUACUUGUUGCAAGCAACAGCCAAUCAAAACAAAUGCUUUUGUCACAUGAUCCAUUCGACGGUUCAGAACUUUGAGCCACUUGUCAUGUCAACAACACAUCUGUCAGUGCUGCAGGAACUGUGAUCAAGGUAGACAGAAGAGACAUUUGCCAAAUGGUAGCGGUAUAAUUAGAUCUUGGCAUCAGGGCUAGUUAAGGUUUCUGUACAUGCUUUGGCAGUCAAUACAUGUAUUUUUUUAAGUGAACCCAGACCUCUCUGACACGUUUCAACUGAUAUUUUGUUCCGCAUGAACUGCACUAGCUCGCUAAGUUAGGUAGCUUAGUUUGUUGCUAGCUUGAUAAAACAGUGCUGGCAAUUUCAUUUUGGCUAGCUAAUUAAAAUGUACUGCCAGCAUUUUGGCUAAAUUAAUCUUUAUACAAUAAGCAAAUGGUUGGAUAAACUAAUAAUUUAUGAAAUCAAGAUGUAAUGCAGCAGCUGACAUUGGGUGAGUUUAGAAUUCUCAAACCAUAUUGAAUGACAAAACAAAAGCAGCUUCAAUUUGAUUGGCUGUUGCAUACAAUUUAAAUUGCAUUUGAGUUGCUUUGUGUAUCAGCCAAGUUGCUUGAAAUGAUGUCUCUUGCAACCUGCAACUGCAAAUAAAGUUGUGUGAAAGUUGCUUGGUGUAACUCCACCUUAAAAACGUAUGUUUCCUUGAAUAUUACAUGUCCUCAGUUUAAUCACUGGCAAAGUAGUGCAGCACAUACACAGUAACAUCUCUAUAGUAAGAGAAAUACAAACACACCAUGCCUGUCUUAAAAUCCUGCUCUGAACACUAAGGGUCAGCUUCUACAGUCAAACAGCUAGAUGCUCUGUUUCAGUAGAGUCUUAAUGACUACUUUAUAUUGUAUCUCUACUGGUGGGCCGAGGGAAUACACUGGAUAGUAUUUAAUAAGGAACAACACACAUAACAUAAUGGUGGACUAUUUUCUGUACAUGUCUGUGACUGGCACAGAAAGCAAGGCAGGGGGAAACCAGUACCUCUCAGUCGCAGGUCAUUCCCUGAGUCAUAGAGCUCACUUUAGACUUUUAACAACAUUUUGACCAUUAAAAGACAUGAACACAAAGUGUUAGACUUUGAGAAGUACAUUCAUCUAGCGCUGUAGCUGGGGGGGAAUCCUAACCUCCACUGAAUAUUUACUUAGUCAUGCAUUGAUGUCAAUGGGAGACCAAGUGAACAUUUGAUUUAAGUAGAAGUUAGGAUUUGCCCAUCUGUGCGUGAACAUCUUGUGUGUGCAGCUUGCAAGGUUCUUCUUUAAUUGGAAGUGACUGAGUUUGGUCCUCGGACUUAAGGUUGGCCAAUGUGCUGACUGGGUAUGAAGACCUGGACAGUGGAGGCUGCUUCAACUGCCUUGAACUGUGGACAACGUUCAUUAGUCCAGUCUGUGGACAACGUUCAAUAGUCCAGUCUGUGGACAACAUUCCUUAGUCCAGUCUGUGGACACAGCAUAGUUCUAGGCACUACUCCGGCAGUACUUGGUUGGUUUAAUCGUUGUUUAAAGCUGCCUCUCUUUACCUGUGGCAUUGAUUUCAUUACCGAAGUGGGCCAAACCCAACAGGGCAGAGCAACACAGACAUGCACGCACUCACACACAGGUUGGUUGCUGUUUCCAUAGAUUUGCUUACUCGGCUGGUUCUCCUGUUUAGAUUUAAUGACCAGUUCACACACGCUUGUCUUAAUUGAGGUCAUCCAGCAUGACAGCCCCAAUGACUUGGUAAUUAGAAAACUUGGCACUCAAAAGUAGUGUGCUCUAUAUAGGGAAUAAGGUGCCAUUUUGGACACACACAUGGUAAUUAGAAAACGGUCUUUUUCUGUGGUGGUGCAGUGUUCUUUCCCCCUGGCCCCUGUGCAUAAUGAUGUUUUUGCAAGGUUACUGCUCCACUGACUAGUACGAGAACUUCCUGUCCUGUUCUGUUGUUGAGUUAUUUGUGGAGAUGUCAGAACAGAGAGGUUGGAGGAGCAGUGAGGGGUUGAAGAGGGGAUUGGGGGAAGGGGAAAGCUUCCCUCUAUAAUGCACGAGUUGUAGUAAUAUGUUCCAAUACUAGAGCUACACUCACUGGUCUCUCAGCUCUUUUUCUAGCCUGGAAUCCAAAGGGAAUAUCGCUGUAUUUCACAAUUGUUUCACUUCACUGAAUCAGUUAAAUAAAAUGCAUAUAUUCCGUUUAUAUUCCAGGCUACUCUGAACCCCCUCUCUCUCCUGGAGAUCUGCCAUAUUGCUGAGCUCUGAGCACAAACAAACAAUGGACAACAGAAAUUACACUCAUCGUGGCAAAGGCCAACCAUGGACAUGCACUGGGGCCGAUCCAGGGCCAACACCUGGCAAACGGGGCCCAGUACAGAGUAGGGCCAGGUCAACUGGCCAGCAUGCAGCACAUGGGUCAGGGUGGGCCAGGUAUGGUGCUGGGACAGAAUAUGGACAUAAUUACCAUAUCUUGUCAUUUCCUGUGGUUGGUUUAUAUCUGUUACCAGGCUAUUUAUGGCUAACUUGGUCUUAUAUCUGUCUAGGCUUUUUAGGGCAGGUUCACAACCCCUCAUGAAAAAGUAAUCCAUUACAAUCUGAAAAUAACAUCUUUUUGUUUGUCUUUUAAGCCUUAGAGGGAUAGUAGCCUCUCAAAGUCAUUUGAUCACAACUAUAUCAAUAAUAUUUCAGCCUUCUUGUGUAUGGUGUCUAUGUACUGUAGAAUAGAGGUAAAGUUGACAUAAUUAAGGUACGAUUCAAAAAUCAUUGUCAGAUAUAAUUGUUAUUAAAGGCUGAUGUUGAUGUGUUUAAUGACAAGAGAUGAGGGUUUAUCAUCCAUUUGACAAACAGGAGUGUUGAUAUAAAUAGGUUGCCUGGUAAAACCAGACUGAAUGCUGGGCUUACCAUUAAGUGCAGCAUUCAGUCUGGUUUACCCAGGCUAACAAACAGUCACAUUAUAAUAAGGGUUUGGGUACAGGACAGGCCUGAAGCUUUAAGACCUAGUAGACUGCAUGUGAACAUUGUGAAAAGAGAUGUGAUGUCACCACUUUUCCACACAUCCGCUGAGAAUGUACAGCAGAACGGAAUGCAAUGUGGGAGCUGGAGUCUUAAGAUGGUGGAUACAUUUGUGAGAUUGUAUUGUAAAAUCCUUGUUCCAAAUUGCUCCACUUCAUUUAGGGGUUACCCCCCCACCUCCCAACCCCCAAAGGCUUUUUUAAUGUUAUUGAUUAUAUUUUAAGAAAAUGUAUUUAUUUUCAACAACAAUAAAAUAUUUAUUUAAAGAACUA